GUAAUGAAUCUACAUAAAGUCAAAACAGUGAAUGAAAUAGGGAGCAGCCAACAAGAUUUUUUAGGAUUCUGGUUUAGAUUUUACUAGACAACAAGCCAAGUUUGUUGUUCUGUAAUUAAUUGUGUUUAAAGCAGCUUCAGGUUACCUGGACCUUAAAAGAUUUAGUCAUGAUCAUGAAAAAUCAGCAUGUAUUUCUAUAUGCAAGAUAAAGGUAAACAAAUUCACUGAUCCACUCCUUCUCAACCAGUCGAAAAUCUUCUACUUUCAAGAGAAGCUUGAUGCAGAGCUAUAUUUUUUAAUAACAAAUCGGGAUAUGUUAUGGAAUUAUUUUGGUUAAAGUUUCUGUUUCUCUGACAAUGCAAAUGUUGUUUUAAAUAUAACAUGAUUAAUGAAUGGGAAAUUAAUAACAAUCUCAAAUUAUAACGAUGAUAUAAAAGUAAAAUGAUAAAUGUAAGAUGUGUAUGUAAAUUGAUCACUGUCCGUUGUUACUCUUAUGUAAUUUGUUUGCGAUUUUAACAAAUGAAACUCAAACAUGCUCAUGAGUAAAGAGACGUGCUCCUUUAAAAGAAACCCCGACCUUUCGCUCAAACGCAUGCGCAGUCUUGUUAUAAGUCACGUGAAAGCGUCCUUCUGUUUUCUGACAGCAUCUUCGGUCCGGUGUGGAGGAUGAGCUCGGGCAAUGGGACCAGGAGGAAAGUCGGCAAGUUGCAGCAUUUCAGCAACAUGGUGGUGUUUGACCCUGAAACAAUGACUGAGAUUCAAGGUCUUUUUAGUAAAGUUAGAACCUAUGUGAAACCGUCCAAUGGGGAGUGGUGCAUCCCCGACCCAAAUGCUGCUCUCAGACACCCUGCAGAGGAACACUGCCGGCUGCAGGCCCUGAAGACGUCGCUGAAUGCUGUAAAGAACCAGCUCAGUGACAAGAAUGUCCAGGUCUGGCAUCAGCACACAAACUCCACCAAUCGAGCCGGGAAGGUGAUCGCCGCCGUGCGUUCUGCUGCCAACGCGGAGAUCUGCACUCAGGCCUGGUGCAAGUUCUUUGAGAUCCUGGGAACCUUCAGUCUUCUUCCAGAGGAGGCCCUUCAAAAUGGAGAGCUGAACACGGUCCACCUGUGCGAAGCUCCAGGGGCUUUUAUAACCGCUCUGAACCACUACAUCAACACUAACGAGUCCACGCGCUACUGUGACUGGAGCUGGGCUGCCAACACUCUCAACCCGUACCAUGAGGCGAACGGUGGGAGCACAACGAUCGCAGAUGAUCGGUUAAUCGCUAACACACUGCCCUGGUGGUUCUUCGGCUCGGAUAACACAGGCAACAUCAUGAUCCAGAAGCAUUUGCUGGAGCUGCAGGUGUUUGUGUCUAACAUGCGUAGAGUUGAUUUGGUGACGGCAGAUGGUAGUUUUGACUGCCAGGAGAACCCAGACGAGCAGGAGGCGCUGGUGGCAUCGCUACAUUACUGUGAGGUCACAGCUGCACUGCUGCUCUUAAGCCCCGGUGGCUCCUUUGUACUGAAAAUGUUCACGCUGUAUGAACACUCCUCCAUCUGCCUUCUCUACCUGCUCAACUGCUGUUUCCGCUCCGUCAACGUCUUCAAACCUGCCACCAGCAAGUCGGGCAACUCUGAGGUUUAUGUCGUGUGUCUGAACUAUGACGGCAAGGAAGCUGUGAGGCCUCUGCUCUCAAAACUGAUUCGUAACUACGGACCAAAUCUGGCAGACCGGGAGGCGCUUUUCCCAUACUCCCUAGUCCCAGAGUCGUUCUUUAAACAACACGAAGAGGUGUGCUUGUACUUCCACGCGCUGCAGGUGGAGACAAUCACAGAAAACCUGCGACUGUCUGAAGGAAUGACCACCGAGCAGAGGCAGCGGCUUGACUACAUCAGGGACUGUACGGCUCAGGAAUACCUGCAGCGCUUCCAGGUGAGCUUCCUUCCCCGGAGUCGAUGGAUCUCUCGCAACACGGUGAAUCCCGCCUGCUGUAGUGUCUCAGCGGGCCGACCUCUGGGACAGAAGAAGCAAACAGGCUCCUUCAAUGAACGGAGGGAAAUGCAGACACUGAGCUGGAGGGAGCGCAUAGAGAGGGGUUGCCAUGCCACCUGGAUACAGAGACACUGCACUGAGUCUGCUGGGACAGGCUGCGUGCUGGAAGGACCCCUGUCCGAGUGUCACGUGGCUUCAUGGUACGUUAUUGCGGGGGCUGCACUGCCUGCAGUCAGAAACUCUCCGUUCUGUGAAGGAGGAUUGUUAAACCAUUUGAAUGAAGCCCUGAUGGACACAGCAGUGGACUGGACUUGCGUACCUACCUGUGACUCUUGCUAUGUGGUUACCGCGGCCUCCAUCUUGUCUGACGUUGCACGUCUUUCUGUUUUCAUAGCUGACAGUGCUGGGAACAAAAAGAAGAGGCAGUGUCUGGUGUUUGGCAGCCGAUCAGUUUGGGGUGCCUGUGAAAGCCAACUUGGGGAUUUAGUCUUAACAUUUUCUGCAGAGCCUUUAUUUCCUCAAAGAGGUUGCAUCACGCUGCACGACGGGGAGCCACUGUACCAGCAGCAGCUCUUAGGUUGUGCUGUAUUUUCCCUGCAGACCCUGAACUCUGGGGAUGCCCUGCUGCUACCUGUGUUUUCUGCCCUCACCCGUGUCACUGCAGCUGUUGUGUUCUGCCUGCAUGUUUGUUUUCGCUCAGUCACGUUCAGGUGUCCGCCUCCCUCAGGCGUAGUUGGGUACUCUGUGCUUUUGUGUGUUGGUUUCUGCCCUGAAGCUGCUGCACGAAUACUCCCUGUUCUCACGGAUGUCCAUAACGACAUGGGUCAGUUGUUAAAAGGAGAGGAGGUUUUGGGUAAAAAUCUGGCGUCUGGAUGUGACAGACAGGUGCUACAGUUUGUUCCCAUGGAGGAACUGCUCACAGGAGGACUUACUGAGUUCCUGUGGACCAUGAACUCUGAAAUCAUCCAACAGAAGCUGCAUUCGCUCAUGCAGUCAUAGUGCAGUUUAGUGAGCUGUGACUCUGGGGUGCAUACUGUUGCUUUAGUCACUGAAUAAUUUUUGUCUGCUGUUAUUUAAAAGAUUACGCCAUUUAGGUUUGCACUCCUGUAACAAUGUUGGACUCUUUGGACAACUUUAAAGAAAGGAUCUAAAUUGAUGCAUCAGAUACAGAUAUCUUAUUUAUUCCACACAUUCUACUUCCUUGUAAAAACCUGUGACCUACAUUACCCACAAUGAUUGCAGUGCGUUAUUUUUGUACCAGCUAAAGUGGCCUUGAGUCAGUGACUCAAGUGGCAUCACAUGAGGACAUUUAUCGGAUUUCACACAGCUCCCUCCGGAGACAAGUCUUUAUACACCUUUCUUCACCUGUGAACAGACUGUUGUGUAAAAUCAGUGGAGUCAAAUGACGACCCUCCCCAGCAGCAAGAAUUAUAAAUUGUUAUUAAACUAUUGGUAGUAUUAUACAUAGUA